AUGUCAAUAAGGACCUACGGGCGGGAGCAGCAGUUCGGCAACCUCUCCAGACACCAGUCCAUACUGAGUGAGAAAACACCCAGAUCCAACUCCAUCUCUCCACGAAGGAAGCCAGUUCGCACCCAGAGCACACGAACCAGCAAUGCUACCGUCAGCACAAACAUGAGCUAUUCCUCGGCCGGGCGAUUGUCAGAAGCAACCAACAUCACGCAACCACCGUCAUACUCCAAGAAACUCGUGGUUGUGGGAGACGGAGGAUGUGGCAAGACUUGUUUGCUCAUCAGCUUUUCGCAAGGAUAUUUUCCAGAGAAAUACGUGCCCACUGUUUUCGAAAAUUACAUCACACAGACCACACAUAACCCCACGGGUAAGAGCGUGGAGCUGGCGCUAUGGGAUACAGCAGGACAAGAAGAAUAUGAUCGGCUGCGACCUCUUUCGUAUCCGGAAACUGACCUCCUGUUCGUCUGCUUUGCAAUCGACUGCCCUAACUCGCUGGAGAACGUCAUGGACAAGUGGUAUCCCGAAGUCCUCCACUUCUGCCCUACCACACCCCUCAUCCUCGUCGGCCUGAAAUCCGACCUCCGAACCAAGAGAACAUGCAUCGACCUUCUCAAAACCCAGGGUCUUACGCCUGUCACACCCGAACAAGGCCAAGCCGUCGCAAAUCGUAUGGGAGCCACAUACGUCGAGUGCAGCAGCAAGGAGAUGCAAGGUGUAGACCAGGUCUUUGAGCUGGCGGUGAAUAUUGUGAUUGAGGCGGAAGAGAGCUCAUAUGAAGAUAGUAAAACGAUAAGUGGUGGUACUGGAGGCGGUGGGAGUCUGAAGGGCGGGAAGAAGGCUAAGAAGAGGACGUGUAGGAUUUUGUGA